AUGGUCAUCAGCGAUUACAUGGCUGCGUCGCGACGGAGUCCAUUGAUGAGAGAUCAGUGGAGAGCCGGCGACGACCAUAGGGACAGUAAUCGUCGAAGAAACAGAGGCACGGACGACCGCCGCAAGAUCUCGCCCGCAGCCCCACGAGAGACAGACGUGGGCCUGAAGAUCAAGGGCAGAGCAGCAGCCGACUCUGCGCCGGAGUCACCAUCCGAUCAUAAGAGCUCGGAGAGGGACAACACAUUGGGGAAAGAUCGUGCAAGAGGAUCCAGUCGUUCGCCGCCAAGACGUAGGCCAAGAGACGAGGAGCUGGUCCAACGUCGAGAAUCUAGUGGGGACCGAUAUCCCGAAAGGCCACGACAUCGAGACGAAGGAGGCCAGACUGAUAGACGGAGAAUAACACGGAGUAGAUCACCGCAACGUGAAUUGUUUGGUUUCAGGGAGGAACGGAGAAGGCAUCGCAGCCCGAUUCACUCCGGUCGAACUGACACCUUCCGCCCAAGCAGUAGACGUCGCGAACGAGCUAACUCACCGCCACGUUCAAAUCGAGGUGACCAUUACUCGUCCACAUAUACUGACUUGAGUGGCUCCGCUGGCCGUUUCGGAGACUCGUACGUCCCCGGGUCACGACUACGUUCUAGGUCGCCGCCUCCUGCAUUUCUAAACCCUCGACACGCUUCACCGCACAAGCGUCCUCGGUCGAGAGACAGGCCUUCAAGAUCAAGGAGAAUUUCUCCUGAACGUCCACGUCCACGUCCAAAGCGGCGCUCAUCUCCUGGUCGUGGGUCUAAAAAAGAGGGUGAAUCUACUGCAUCCAGCUACCGUCCUUUACCCCGCUCUGGGAAUUCACCAAGAAGGCACAAAGAGCUAAGCCGACAUCAAAAUCAAUCACCAUCACCGUGUCGUGGGGGAACGAGAAAACCAGGGAAAAGGCGAAGAUCCCCCCAAUCUCCCGUAGAGCGAGAAGGAGCAAGAGGAGGCCGCACAAAGAUGCAAUCUUCCACACGUCCUAUACAAAACACCAUCAACGAUGGGUCACGUCCACCUUCCCCACCUCGACCUAUCCCCAGCUACGAACCGGUUCCUCAUAACCCCGCCAUGAUAAGUGAAGCCUUCCCACUGCAUGGAAUGAAGGCAAGUGAUGUACAUGGAACACAUCGACCAAGUCGCCCGCCGCAUCUCAAUACUCAACAAUCUUACUCAACAUCUCCGCAGUGGACACCGACAUCAUCGCAUCACAAUUCCCCUCACUCUGGGUCACCGUUCAGUCAGGGUCGAGGUGGAUGGGGAGGCCAACAGCAGCAAUAUCAUGGGCAGGCAGGUGUGAAUGGGUAUUCACCUCCAUACCGGCAAGGGAGUUACCCCCCUCAACAAAGUCCUCAAGGGCAUUACUACGCCAACGGCCAGCAAAGUCCUUAUGGUGGGUCCCAGCAAUUCCAACAUGCUUAUCAGAACCAGCCUUUUCGAGGCGGUAAUGCAGGCUAUCGUGGUAGUUACCCUCAAAAUCCAGAUCGCAGAUUCUCUGGCUCGGGUCCCCCUCCUUCAAACCCCAACUUUGCUCCCACUCCCACCCGAGGGAGAGGAGGACACUUCCAAAAUCUUCAGUGGACUGCAGGCAAUGCAAGUACUGACGGUCGGGGCGGUGGUCAAUUUAAUCAGCAAUCCUCUUCAGGGCACUCGCAGACUUCUCCUCAUCCGCAACCAGCCACAGGUCAACCGAGUGACGACGACAACCCAUUUCGACCUUCGAAAAAUUUACAGGUUGAGGAUCAGAGCGAGAAAGACACAAAGAUGCCACCGCCGUCAAGACAGGAAUCCGAUUCUUCGCCUAAACAAGAGUCCAAGUUCAGCUUUGCUUUCAAAGCUAAACCUGGAACUACAGCACCUGCUAAGCCACCAACUGAUUUAACCCAGAAGAUAAAAGAGCCAAUCAAAAAGGAAAACCUGCUGGACGCCUUGAAGACUAAGCCCAGCUCGUAUCCUGCUCUUAGUCAACUAGAGCGUGACAGGCGGGAUGAGCGAAGAGAGCGUGAUUACGAAGAUGAGCGUCGUGACCAUCGCGACUACCGUGAUCAGCGACGAGGGGACCACCGUAGUGAUAGACGACCUGAGCGGGUUCAGAAACGAGAGCGUGCGCGUGAGCGAUCUCCCGAAAUUCUAAAGCAAAAGAAGAUCAUGAAGCGUAUGAAACCGCGGCCAACACUUCCAACUGAUUUUGCUACCUCGACAUCAGUCUACUAUCGAAAGCCCGGCAACGAGUCAGUGGUAGGGUCCGGGACCUACGGCAAAGUCUUCAAGGCUAUCCAUGUCUAUACGAAGAAUCUCGCGGCUCUGAAGAAGAUUCGGAUGGAUGGUGAGAAGGACGGCUUCCCCGUCACUGCAGUGCGUGAGAUCAAGCUUCUGCAGUCUCUGAAGCAUGAAAACGUUGUUUCUCUGCAAGAGGUGAUGGUAGAGCAUAAUGACUGCUUCAUGGUUUUCGAGUACUUGUCUCAUGACCUGACUGGUCUUCUCAACCAUCCUACCUUCAAGCUCGAGCAUGCACACAAAAAGCAUCUUGGCCGGCAACUCUUUGAGGGGCUCAAUUACCUUCAUCGCCGCGGGGUGCUCCAUCGCGAUAUCAAAGCAGCCAAUAUUCUCGUUAGUAGCACUGGACAGCUCAAGCUGGCCGAUUUUGGACUCGCGCGAUUCUUCGCCAAGCGUGGCAAGCCUGAUUAUACCAAUCGUGUCAUCACUAUAUGGUAUCGGUCACCUGAGCUUCUCCUUGGCGAGACACAGUACGGUCCCGCUGUUGAUAUUUGGAGUGCUGCUUGCGUCAUGAUCGAAAUCUUUACGCGGCACGCCAUCUUUCCCGGCGAUGGUGGAGAGAUCAAUCAACUCGACAAGAUCUACAAUGUCUUGGGUACACCUACAAGAUCCGAGUGGCCAGGCUUGGUUGACAUGGCGUGGUUUGAGCUGCUAAGACCCACCGAACGAAAGCCAAAUACUUUUUCAGAAAAGUAUCAGGAGAGACUCACUCCUGACGCUUUUGAGCUGCUUCAAGCAAUGUUCAUGUACGAUCCUGCAAAGAGACCAACAGCCGGCGAUGUGCUGGAGCAUCCGUAUUUCACCACGGAGGAGCCAGCACCAAGGCAGGCCAUUGAACUCAAGGAUCUAGAAGGAGACUGGCACGAGUUCGAAUCUAAAGCCCUCCGAAAAGAGAAUGAGCGCAAAAACCAGGAGGCGAGACGCGCUGUGAGGAUGGAAGAGCACGAGAGGGAGAAAGCAAAGAGGCGAGCAAGUGGCUCUGCGACGACUGAAAGGGAGCCGAAACGGGUGAGGCCAAGCUCGAGUCAGGGCUAG